GCUUGAAGCUUCAGGCAAUCCGCUUUAGCCAAAACCUCAAAUACACCAGGGCCACCUAGGGCCACACUUUCCGAGGCACGUGAAUGUGCCGUUGCAACGGUCGCCACCGAUACACAGCAUGGGGAACUUGUGGAAAAAAUUAAUCAACUGACUAUCUUCUGGGAGAACAACGUGACGCUGCGUGCGGAUGCCGAAUCUCAAGGGAAACGCGCUCGGGCGCUGGACUCCAAGCUCACGACCUUGAGUGGCUCGACGCCGCAAACGGUUUCAUCGUGCGCAAGCAGAGCCGGAAGUGGUCGAAUCGCGCGCAGCUGCGGAUGGUGCGCGGGGAGGGCUCGGUGUCAUCACCCUAGGGCCUCGACGACCCCGGCGAGAGGCCAGACAGGGGCUUGGACGAGCUAGAAGGAGAUCGGUGUGCUCAAGGACCGUGCGGCUAAGGUCGGAGAGACGAAAGAGCGGGCGCGCAUGCUGCUGGUGGCGAGCCCAACCAAGGAAGAGUGGGACGUGCACCUGAAAGAAUGCCAGCGCUUGCUGAUGGAGGGGUCGUUGGUCGCUCACGGGCAGCUGCUAGACGAGCUCAAUCAUGAUGUGGAUGACGCAGUCAUGACCCUCGAAGAGGCUUCACAGCACCUGGUCCACGCGCGCGCCUGCUAUCUCUCGCUCGACAACAAGCACCGGAAGAAGCUCGAGGCCCGUCAGCAUGCCAGGCAUGUGCGUUUGCAGUCGUACAAGACCAUCGAGGAGCUGGACGAGUUCCGGAACCCCACACCCAUGCACUUAGCUCUGCCCUUCCUCAACGUGUUCCACGGUCUCUAUGGUGGCAGCGUCCCGCUCCACCAAGGUCCACGCACCCAUGCUGCUCCACGACGCGGACAAUCACGACAACGGAGCGGAGGACGAGGAAGAGGAUCGGCCACGUGGAGAUGGGAGGUAGUGGACGACGAGGCCAUCUACAUAGGUACAUCGUCAGUCGCCCCAAUUCCUCCUCUCCUGCUCUCCCUCCUGCUCUUCCAGCUGUCCCCCCGCUGGUCCCAUGCCCACUGGCCCACUGGCCUGCGCGCGCGCAUCGUCCACGCCCCCUCGCGCAUCGUCUGCGUUGCCCAGACCCCCGCUUGA